AUGAGCUCAAUCAACCUGUGGACGCUCGUGACCCUGACCCUGUGCCUUUGGAAUGUCGGCACAGGAUGCACGUGGAUGGAAACGCAGAAGGGUUCCAGAAGUAUGUUUCAAGUCUCCAACAAAGCCAUCUCGAUGCUGCAACGCAUGGGUAGAAGGGUCGAGGGGGACAGCUCGUCAGGAUUCUCCGGGGACGGACUGCCAAAUUUCCCUUCAAAGCAACACAACCAAGCCCUCCAUCUGAAGGCCGAGGAUAAGUUGGUGUUCAUCUGGCACGCGCUCAAUGACAUAGAAAGGCUGUUCAGCAGCGGCAGCAGCAACGCCACGCGCUGGGCCCAGAGAGACGUGGACGAGUUCAUGAGCUACCUUUUCCGCCAGAACACUCAGGUCCAUCAAUGUUUAAAGGCGAUGAGACCGACAUCAAAUGCUGUCAGCAAAAAGAUGAAACUGCAUUUCAGAUUGAUGAAGAAAUCUUUGAAAAAUCAGGGUUACAGCGCAAGCGCGUGGGAGGAAGUCAGAAGAGUUGUGCUUGCGCAUUUGCUGAGACUAGACGUGCUGGCAGCAAGAAUCUUUAAACCCUGA